GCUGAGCUCUAUAUAUUAUUUUACGUAAUUUGUUUGCUUUAGAUAACACGAGUAAAAUGUUUCUAAGACAAUUUUUGGUGGCGGCAAGAACCACAAAUUCUAUUUUGGGUUCUCCGGAGGCAAUUCAGGUCUUGCCGUGGGCCAUUUCUCAACGGUUAUACUCUUCCGCCACUUCUAUUGGCAUUGUGGACUAUGCAGUGGUCAAGAAACUACCAAAUGAACCCCAAAAGCUGCUAAUUGAUGUGCGUGAGCCUGAUGAACUGAAGGAAACUGGACAAAUACCAACAAGUGUCAAUAUUCCGUUGGGCAGAGUCAGUCAGGAGUUGUCUACUAGUAAUGAAGCCUUUAAAUCCAAAUAUGGACGUGAUAAGCCCCAACCCAAUACAGAAAUCAUUUUCCACUGUAAAAUUGGAAAACGUAGCCUGAAAGCUGCGGAGACAGCUGCCUCCUUGGGUUUUAAAAACGUGAAAAACUACGAAGGAUCUUGGACGGACUGGGCCGAACGCGAAGGAUUGACAAAGUAGAAAUGCCAAGAAAGAAAUGUUUCUUUCGAGUUGUCUUUAUAACAAAAUAUUGUUCAGUAGAAUACAAGCAGUGUAAACAAGUAUAAAUUAAAUAUUUUGAUAAUUUUA